AUCGAUUCGUGCAGAUCCUUGCUGGGUGGUGUGCAUGAGAGCAAAGCCGAACAGGACCGCCAUUUCCCGUCCUUAGAGGUCUUUUUUUGUGUGUCUUUCAUAGAGCCUUGAUAGCUGGGCAGCAGGGACAAUAUAGAAGGAAGAAGGAGGAGAGGAGGAGCGGCGACGGCGACGACUUGCGGAGCGGCGGAGGCAGGGAACCGGUGUGCUUCUUCGGGAUGAGAGCAAGGCAGUGCCAACGAAUUAACCUCAGUUUCUCUGCUUUAUUAAAUUCUAAAUGAAUUUGAACUGAUUUAACAGAAAUAGGCCUAACCGAUAUAUGUUUUCUAUAUUUAUUGCUGUCAGGUUCCGCUUCCCUUUAUAUUCCGCCCUCCCCUGGUCCGCUGCUGCCAUAGCCUAGUUUUGAUUUUUCUUUCCUCCGAGCGAGGUGGGGAAAAAGGCAAAGGAGGAGGUGGAGAUUCCAUUUCAUUUUUUUAAUCAGUUGUGGGGGACAAAAAAGAAAAUCUAAGAUCAGAAGACAAAGCCAUUCGGGCUUGAGAUUUUUUGGGGAGUCUUUUGUUUCGUUGAAUAAAGCGAAGAUGUCGGGACAGAGCAUUACGGACAGGAUAACGGCAGCCCAGCACAGUGUAACGGGAUCCGCGGUGUCCAAAACAGUAUGCAAGGCCACCACGCACGAAAUAAUGGGCCCAAAGAAGAAACAUUUGGACUAUCUUAUCCACUGCACCAACGAGAUGAACGUGAACAUUCCCCAACUGGCUGACUCUUUAUUCGAGAGGACCACCAACACCAGCUGGGUGGUUGUGUUCAAGUCGCUGAUCACCACACACCACCUCAUGGUGUACGGCAAUGAGCGUUUUAUCCAGUACUUGGCAUCAAGGAAUACACUUUUCAACCUCAGCAACUUUUUGGACAAGAGCGGGCUACAAGGUUAUGACAUGUCCACAUUCAUCAGGAGGUAUAGUCGGUACCUAAACGAGAAAGCAGUGUCCUACAGACAGGUUGCCUUUGACUUCACAAAAGUUAAACGAGGUGUCGACGGUGUGAUGAGGACCAUGAAUACAGAGAAGCUGCUCAAAACUAUACCCAUUAUUCAGAACCAGAUGGACGCCCUCCUCGAUUUUAAUGUCAAUGCCAACGAGCUGACUAAUGGAGUCAUCAAUGCAGCCUUCAUGCUCCUCUUUAAAGACUCCAUCAGGCUCUUUGCUGCUUAUAACGAAGGCAUUAUCAACCUGCUCGAAAAGUACUUUGACAUGAAGAAGACUCAGUGUAAAGAAGGCUUGGACAUUUACAAAAAGUUCCUGACUCGCAUGACCCGGAUAUCAGAAUUCCUCAAAGUAGCUGAGCAGGUGGGAAUUGACCGAGGUGACAUCCCAGACCUUUCACAGUUCACGGUUUGUGCUCCUAGCAGCCUCCUGGAAGCCCUUGAGCAGCAUUUGGCCUCUUUAGAGGGGAAGAAAGUGAAAGACUCCACUGCAGCCAGCAGGGCCAGUACUCUAUCAAACGCAGUGUCAUCACUGGCCAGCACAGGGAUGUCUUUCACUAAGGUGGAUGAGCGGGAGAAGCAGGCGGCCCUCGAGGAAGAACAGGCCCGACUCAAAGCCCUUAAGGAGCAAAGGCUCAAAGAGCUGUCAAAGCGGCCGUCCUUUUCCACCACUGAUACAUCGCCGGUCUCCACCACCGGGGGCACCAUCAGCACAGCACCAACCAUUGACCUCUUCUCCACACCCAGCUGCUCAAAUGGUGCGGUCAAGAUGGAGAGUGACCUUUUUGACCUGCAGCCAACCUUCCAGCCCUCCAUGCAGUCAGCCUCCACGGGACUCCCAGUAGCCACAGCGUGGGCAGACUCCUUCUGUGGUCCAGCCUCCGUUGCUCAGCAUCUCCCACAUCAGGCUCCCUUCCCCACUGAGCCCUCUACUGUAGCAGGUCUAUUCAGAGGAUGCUCAACGCCUCAGGCCCCUCCACAACCGCCAGCAGGGGGACUACAGGUGGACUUUGAGUCUGUUUUUGGAAACAAAGCCGCCGGUAGCAGCAGCCUCAACUCUGAUGAUCUUGCGGGAGGCAUCCUGAAACCGACUCUUGCUGGCUCCAACCUGGCGUCCAAUCAGCAGCCUGAGAAGCUUGUGUCGGAUGACCUUGACUCUUCCCUGGCCAACCUUGUCGGCAACCUGGGCAUCGGAAAUGGCACGAUGAAGAAUGACAUGCACUGGAGCCAGCCAGGGGAGAAGAGGAUGACUGGCGGCACCAACUGGCAACCCAAGGCGGCCCCAACUACAACCUGGAACCCCGUUUCCAUGCCACCAUCAGUCAUGGCCUUCCCUGCCACUACACCCACGAGCAUGAUGGGAUACGGCAUGCCUCCACAGAUGGGCUCCAUGGGGAUGAUGAAUCCACCCACCAUGAUGUACACCCAGCCCGUCAUGAGGCCGCCCAACCCCUUUGGCUCUGUGUCCAGCGCUCAGCCCACUGCAGCCUCUAGUCCUUCCAGCCAGAGUCCUCUCCGAGCCCCUGGACAGGACCCGUUUGCACACCUCUCUCUCAAGGAUUUCUUGUAGAGCAUCUCUUUAGAUGCAGUUCAUGUAAUUUGAAGGAAGUGUCUCUCAGAAGAUGAAGCACUUAGCAGCAAAACCUUGUCCUCGUUGCCGUCUAACUCUUCAGAGAAGCACCCCCCCACCCCCCCUCCCAAAUACAGACACGUCGAGAAUAUAAUGGUGCACCAACUGUCAGAAACCAUUGUAACCAUGUCCACACGGCGGUCGGCAGUAACUCAAACCCAUUUUAUUCUGAAAUAACUAGGCCGACAUGCCGAGUGAUGCUGCUUUCUAACCUCCCCCCCACCUCUUUUUCGAUGACUGCUUACUUGCCUUACAGUGUACUCUGUAAGGAUGGUUCGGGUGCUCAGAAGCUCACGUUAAAUUGGAGAUUCUGAGGUUGGAAAUGAAGGCUUCGAUAGAGAGAGGGGAGGGGGAGCAGUUCUUCCCCUUCUUGAUCCAAUCAUCAGUCAUCCAGACCCUGCAGUUAUUUAACCGUCACAAAGUAGUGAUGCUAACAACGUUUACACCUGUUUAGUUUUUGUCUUUUUUACCGUGUUUACAGUAGACAUUCCUUGUGUGUUGUUUGUAUUUAUUUAUGAUUAUUGGUUUAAGAUUGCCGGGGAGGGGGGGGGUUAAUGUAAAAUCUACAGUAAAAUGAUCACAUUUAUGUGGGAGUGCUUCAGCAUUAAACAAGGAUUACAGACUAUCAUUAAGAGGUAGAGAAAAAAAUAGAUAUUAUAUGAAUUACACCUAUUAAGCGGAAUGAUAGAGCACUAAAUAUUCUGAGUUUUGUGUUAAGAAAACUUUUGUUUUUUCCUACUAGAUGAAAGAUUUCACGAUUUCCAUUGUACUUACAGUGCAGGGGUUCUAGUACCAGUCAGUUAACAGUAUAUAGUGUGCCUAGGGUUUAAUUUGUAUCGGAUCCGUGUCCCCAACUAGUUUGGGGGGGAAAAAAAACAAAUGACCACGAAUCUGAAGGGUGGCACUGGGUGGUGGGCUCCAUUUGCUUUAAGCUUGGCAUGCCGUUGACUCACUGACUGUAAUCAAGGCUGCCUUUACUCUGAAUGUGAACGAGUUGUCUUCAUGUUGCACACAUCUUUCAACGCUGCAGUUUCUCAGAGAAAGAGCGGUGUCGUUGGGGAAGGGUGGGUGGGUCGGCUGAGUGGGUUGUGAUCACACGAGUUGGGGUGGGGGGUAAAAAAAAAAAAAAGAUAAAAAGUGAGGGGAGCGGGUGUAAAUUAGCUGUACAAAAGAUCCAGAAGGAGCAGGGUAGAGCGGAGCAGCACUGUUGAUCGGUGCCACAUGUACAUAAACACUCAACUGUUCUAUGAGCGAACAAACGUGAAAGAUGUAUGAAAUAUGAAAGCAAUUCAAUCAAAUUUGACUCUACCUAAGUUUGAUUCAGGAUAUUCUCUGCGUUUGUCUCCGCAGAUAUUUUCUUUAUGUAAUUAGAUGGUGUAGCAGACAAUGACUGAGGUCUUUUCUUUCUUUUUCAAAUAAAGAGCAGCUUCCACAAACGUGUCUCUUUCUGUAGCUCUGCUCUUGUCAUGUUGACUACAAUGCUGAAGGCGAGGGACAGAAACUUUGUCGUUAUCAAAAUCGUGGCUAAUGGGUAUUUCUAUGUUUAAUGAAUGUGAAAUAACUCAAUAUUUUGUCAUUUCAGGAAAUAAAACCAUCACUUUAUUAGA